GUUGUUUGUGAAGGGAGAGCAAUUUUUCGAAGAAUUAAUUUUUAAUCGCUGUAUAUCCAUUUAUUUAUCGAAUUUGAUUUUGAUUUCACAUAAAAUCUUAGUUACACAUGGAGAUCGCUCAAAAUUAUAUGGGGCCGAUUGCAACAAAUACUAUGAACAGAAUCAACGAGAACGGCAAUGUGGUGGGCACCAUCAUAGUCAACUGUGAAGGAUUCCCGGAGACUACGACCCUGGACAGCUUGACGGCUGCCACCUACUCCACCCAUAUGAGGAACCUCUCUCACCACGCCUCCAACGCCCUUAAAGAAAUCGAUGUCACAGACGAUUUAUUGGUGCUGAGGCUGGUGUCCAGGAAGACGGAGGCAGUGGUCGCACCAGAUCACGAGUUCCACCUGAUAGUGGUAAUGAGACGUGCUUAAAUAUUUACUAUUGAUUUAUAGUUGGUAACUGUAGAUUGUGGCCGUUUUAGGUCAUUGUUCUUUAGCAUUGAAAAUGUAAUAAA